CCAAAUCAUGAUAGAAUGAGGAAUCAUAGAACACAAGCUCCUGUAUAAACUCCAACGCCUAGAAGGACUCCAAUUCGUCUAAUCAAUCGAUCAAAUAAAUACCCUACUCACGAUACAAUUGGGAGAGUAAUUCGACUCAAUUCCUCUAAAUCAGAAUGAAUCUCUCUGCUUCUUCAUCUUCUUCGCAUAGGAUUGACGAUAGCGGCGUCUAGAUAUUCGUGACGGCGUCCAGAGAACGAGUGCUUCGCCGAAGGAAUAACAGAGAAGAAACUAAAUUCGUAGGAGGAAGGAUGUGCGUGCUUCUCGGUGGAGGAGGAGACGGGAAACAGGCGGCUGAAGUCGGCGCCAGCGUUCUUAUGCCGCCGCCGCCCAACUUCUCAGCGGUGGAAGAUCUCUGCAUAUACAGAUCCAGCCUCCCGCAGCCCUCCAAUUUCCCGUUUCUUCGAACCCUAAAUCUCCGUUCUAUCAUAUAUCUAUGUCCCGAGCCUUACCCUGAAGAGAAUAGGGAAUUUCUCCGCCUUAACAAUGUAAAGCUUUUCCAAUUUGGAAUCGAAGGCACCAAGCACCCAUCUGGUAUAUCCAGGACUGCCAUAACUGAGGCUCUUAGAGUCCUGAUUGAUGUGAGAAACCAUCCGGUGCUGAUCCAUUGCAAGCGCGGGAAACACCGGACGGGGUGUCUGGUUGGGUGCCUGAGGAAGUUGCAGAACUGGUGUUUGUCUGCUGUGUUGGAAGAGUACAAGCAUUUUGCAGGCGCAAAGUGGAGAGAAUCUGACUUGAGAUUUCUUGAAGAAUAUGAUGCUCCUUCCAUCAGGCAUUCCCUUCAGAGCAUUAUCUACCGCUACACUGCCUCCAAGAAGAGGCGCUUACUAUACGGAGAAGAAGAGUGUGCUGACAAGCCUGCCAGGAUUGCUCGAGUUUAGAAAUUGACGAAGUUCUUACGGAAUCACCUGUUUUCUCUGUUUUUUGCCGUCACAAUCAUUCUGACUUUUUAUAGAUUAUACAUUACGAUCCUUAUUCAUCAAACACAUAAUAUUUGAUUUGAUUGUUUUGAUGUAACACAAUUUUUGAAUUUGGACAUUCAAAUAUCCAAAUUAAGAUACAUACAGUUAGACUUGCUUUUAUAAUUACAUUGGUUGAAUUUACUGUAAAUGACAAUUCUAAUUAUUUUUCAUACAGUUUUCUUUAUUGUAUUUA